UUUUUAUUUUUGGAACACAGGGGCGCCGAAAGCUGGAUGGAGCUCCGCUCGCUUGCCGCUCCGCUUGCUUAGGAUUAGUCCGUUAGUCCGUGCGCCUGCUGUACGAUACGUACGGGUCUAUGUACGAUUUUUUGCCGACCAUUUCAAGUUUCCGUCGUCGCGCGCGUCCAAUAGAAGUAGCAGAAACGACACAUAAAUAUGGCAACUAAGCGGAAACCAAUUCACACCCCAUCGAACGCAUCAAAUGCUAGCCGACCACAGAUGAAUUUCCGGCAAGGUUUGAACGACACGACGGCUCGCAGCGAAGCAAAGGGAACCCGUCCAACCGCAACGCCUACUUCGAUCAAAGAAGUGUUCACCAUGAUGGUGUUACACGUCUGCAAAAAGAUUAUCUUCUUCGACACCGGCCUGAAGGUGGCUUUGUACUUGGGCUCUUUGUUCAUCGUCUCCCUGAUCGGCGACUUUUUGCCCUACCCGAAGACCUACCUGGCGAGGACAGACAAUCUCUUCAAUGUUUACUUUGUGAAAAUGGGCUGGGCCUGGACGUUGUUGUUCUCGUUUCCGUAUCUGGCAAUGACGUCGGUGACGCUUUGUUGCGGUGACAAUCAGCGCCUGCUAAAGAAUCAUCUACCACGGUUAGGAAUAGCGACCGUGGUUUGGUUCGUGUGGACUAAGCUGUUCAACGUCAUCGAGUCCAGCUAUGGACGGUGUAGUAUCCGAGGUUUUGAUUCGAAGACGGCUUGCCUAAAGGCCGGCCAUUUUUGGAACGGUUUCGACAUAUCUGGGCAUGCCUUUAUCCUGAUCUACUCCAGUCUGGUGUUGAUGGAGGAGGCGCGACCGAUCAUUGGGUGGGAGAGCAUCAAAGAUUUGUUGCGCAAUGAGGAGCACAACCGCAGCAGUAAUGACACAUCUCAAUCGGCCAAUCCACUCAAGGGGCUGAAGGACGACGAUUUGAAGGCACUCAAAUACUUUUAUAAUCGAUUCACACCCACCAUUCGGUUACUGUUCGUCGGUAUGACGAUGCUGCAACUUCUCUGGGACGUUAUGCUCGUGGGAACGAUGCUCUAUCACCAUCGAAUGGUGGAGAAAGUGCUGAGUGGUAUCAUUGCAGUAGUUUCGUGGUUCGUCACGUACCGCGCCUGGUAUCCAGUGCCAACCGUGCUGCCCGAUCCGGUCGGCAAAGGAAUGUUCAACUACCAGACCAACGUGAAACCGGAACUCGUUGGGCUUAGACGAAGGGCCAGUUUUUUGCAGCCCGGAUCCUCUUCAGCCACGACAUCGGGUGCCGGCGGUAGUACUAGCAACAACAAGGAUAUUCCCAAGUUCAUGGGUAUGCCACUCUAUGCCGCCCGGCAACCGUACAACACCAGCUCGAACGUUGGCGGUGCAACGUCACCCCUCGAACCGUCACUCGGUAGUCAGGCAUCGUUUGGAAGCAACAGCCAACAGCAUCUGUUCGGGUCACGGGUGGGUACCAGCGGUGGCAUUAGUAGCAGUAGUAACUACGUUAACCCCGACUUUAACCAUCCCUCAUACGCUCGCUACCGUAGUCGCUUUGAACGUUUCGAAUCGUAAAUAGUGUCCCUAGUUGUGUAUUGUCGUUUGUGCUGAACAAUAAUUUCCGUCACUGUAAAUUAACCGAGUUGAACGAAAGGGUGUAUACUUGGGCGAAACGUGGGUUUGCAUGUUACCAGGCAGCGGAGCGGAAUUCGGUGGAGGGAAACGGACAAUCAUGAGCAAAAGCAGCUAUUGGCAAUUGGCUGUUUGGUUUGGGUGAUCUAAGAUUAAUGUACAUAAAUUGUUGACACAAAAUUUUAUAUUUUUCGGGAGUGGAAGCUAAACCAGUGCAAUAAAGCUUUGUAGAAAAUUUGCUGUGAAAACGGAUGGCAAUUUGGCAAAUACGUACGUGACCCCUUUCUUCGAUUGCAGAUACCGUGAAUUCCGUGAGUCUUUCGAACGUGACUGAAACGGCCUUCGGCAAAGGGCACCAGGAUUCGCCAGAACUCGCGUCACCGUUUAACUACCUUGUUACUGUUAACACUAUGGUACCACCUUUCGAGUAACGAGACCGCGGGGGCAGCAAACAUGCAUUGUGAGCCGAACACUUUCUUAAAAAGCGUGCUGCUUUACGAAUCUGUUAGCGUACCAUGGCACUAUUAGACUAUCGAUCGAUCUUACCGUUAGAAAUGGGAAGGGUUUGAGUGUUCCAAACGGGGUUGGAUAAAGUAUUUAAGUUGUAUUUACGUUUGUUCUCUUUCGUUAUUGAUUCUUGUUAAGUUUGACAUUUUUCGCGAUGUUAAUCCAUAAAAUUCCUCGAACGACCAAAAAUACAUGACCAU